UCACGUGACAGCCUGUUUUGUUUUCGUUUAGUGCUGAAGAGGAAGUGGCUUUCUGUUUGGUCAGUGGGAUUCAAAUCUAUAAGACAAUCACGAGGUUUUAACCGUAUAUUAUCUCAGCAGGUAUCGUACGAAGACUUUGCUUGUUCCGUAGCCUGUGUAGCUAACGUUAGCCGACUUCCGCCUGUGCAUCCUGUGCGGACACGUACGCAGCAUAGUGGCAGGUUUAAAACGAGAGUGUUAAAUGAAGUACUUGCCAACAGCAAAACCACUGAUGCUGAUGACAAAGACAAGUCAUACGUGUUUGAUAGUUUCCAGCAUGGCCUCUUUGGUCCUGCUCAUGAUGGUGCUUUACGGGACCAUGAGCAGCCAGCAGCCGGGCGGCUCGAGCCUCAGACACGACUACCAGCUGCUGGGCAGACCCCUGUACAAACUGGAUCUGAGCUGGCCCAAGAACCCGGAGCUCUACACUGGGGACGUGUUUGGAGUGGCAGUCAACCAGUAUGCUGGGGUGGUGUAUGUGGCUCAGAGAGGUGACAACGUUCCGAAGGUGCUGGUGUUCACUACUGAUGGAGAUUACCUCAUGUCCUGGAACACAACCACCCUGGAGAAGCCUCAUGGAAUAUUUCUAGCAGAUGCAGCUUCAUCAAACCCCACUGUGUGGAUCACAGACGUGGGGAACGGCCCGUAUGGUCACUGCAUCAAACAGUACACGCCAUCAGGAAAGUUGCUACAGGUGCUUGGAACGCCAGGAAAAGCAGGUUCUGGACUGGACCCCCUGCAGUUUGAUCAGCCCGCCGAGAUAUUUAUCCAUAACUCUGGGGAAAUUUAUAUUGUGGACGGUGACGGAGGAAUGAACAACCGCCUCAUUAAGCUGUCCAAAGAGCAGAAGGUGAUGUGGAUGCAUGGAGAGAAAGGACAAGGCCUAGCUCAGUUCUACAUCCCACACAGCGUGACCGUGGACACGGCCCAGAGGGUGUGGGUGGCUGACAGAGGAAACAAGAGGAUCCAGGUUUUUAAUUCUGUCACCGGGGAGUGGCUGGGGACGUGGGGGAGCUGCUUUACUGAAGAUGCACCCUAUUCUGUCCGCCUUACCCCAGACAAAAAAUACUUUGUUGUUGUCCAGCUCAACACCAAUCAGAUUUCACUGCUGGAUGCUCCGCCUGUAGGCGUGAUUGGCCAGUGCAGAGUGGUCAGUGUGAUCCAGUUGGCUGAUGAUGUGAAGCCCCACUUGGUAGACCUAGACCUGAAAACUGGGGCUCUGUAUGUGGCUGAGAUCGGAGCUCAACAAGCACAGAAGUUCACCCCCUUUAGUCUGGGUGAAAAUUUCCUGUGACACCAAGCUAAAACAGCCUGACUGACCAUAAACGGCUUAUGAUCGUCUGACAUAAAAUGUACGAGAGUGUCAACAAACAGGAUAUGUUCUGUCCUUCUAAUUAGCUGGCUUGAAUCAAAAAUCAAAAGGGGGCCUAUUGUGUACUUUACAACUCUUUUUCUUUCUGGGACUCCACUACAGCAGCCUUGCGUGAUCACAGUAAGCCCACUGAGGCCCAAGUUUAAUCCAUGACAAACCCAACCCUAACUUUAAACUCUAACCGGAGACAAUCAGAAUAUUUCUGUGGUUUAAAAAAAAUGUUCUGAUGAGUAUCAGGGAACAAAUCACACAUUGUGGUGCAACACACCAAAAACAAACUAACAAGUUCUCUAGAAUAUAGGGCUAGACUUGGGGUCAUCACUAAUAGAGGGUUAAAGAAACUGCCCUUUAUUUUAAAGUGAACUUUAAAACUUAAAAGGAACACAAUUUCAAAGCUUUUUGCUCAGUUGAGUUCAUUUUACCUCCUUAUUUGAAGCCUGUCCUCAUAAAAUGUGAAUAAACAUUUUAGCAUUAUAGAUAUACAUGACGUGAAAAUGAGAGGUGAUGAAAUUAGGUCUCCUUUAACCACAGACUGGUGUCAGAUUCACUUCAGUUGAAUUCAGUUUUAUUUACAUAGUGCCAAUUUACAACAGCAGUUGCCUCAAAGUGUUUUGUAUUGUGAUGUAAAAAUGAUAUGACAAUAAUAGACAGAAACCCCCUCAGAGCUGCAGAUCCAGGCCCAUCCGGCCCGAGCGGCUGGAGGAGAAGAGAGCAAAGAGAGACUGGACCAGUUGCAAACUAGAGCCAGAGUAAAUCGCUCCUGCAUUACAAAAACGUGUUGAUCUUCUACUGCUACAAAUUAACACGUUCAGUCUCAUGGUCUAAAUGGUGGUCCUGACAUACUUUCUAUUUUUUCUUCUUUAAAAUAUUCAGUGGAAUUCAACAACACUGGCACAUCUGUAAAUAUAUCUCAAAACGUCAUUCACUAGUUUCAGCCAUUUUUUCUGAUUUUGGCUUUUGUCAAAAUAAUAUAAAGGUAAAAGAAAAUGAAAAGUAUCAUGGUGAUUUUUUUUUUUAUCAGGGUGUUGUUGUGAGUCCUCGCUGUAGUUAUGUGCCAUUUGUAAUGUUCUGGUUUUGCACUGUUUCAACAGAUCAGAGCUUCUCUGAGAGGUUUUCCUUCUUUACUGCAGACACUGUAAGUUUGUGCGUUUUGCCUGUACCAGAGUCUAGCAAAAGGCUGGAGCUGUUCUGAUAAGAUUAUCUGAUAAUGUUGUUAAUUCAUGUAUGAUUGAUUUGUGUUGUUUUGACACAGCAGAUGUAAAUAUUUUGCAGCAUUUUCCUGAAUCUGUACAGAGUAUACACAUUAAAAUUCAUCCUAUUGC